AUGGAGUCACAAGAAAAGCAAUACGAUGGAGCGGACAAUAACGUGGAAUCUUCAGGAUCUUCCUCGGAUGACGAGCAGAACGAUCCAUCAGAUUCUAGCAACACAGUAAAGACACAGCCAGUAUCCAUUGAAAAGUCUAAAAUCAAGAGCCUGAAGGAUGAGCCACCGUUUGAGCCCCGGUUCAAGCCACUGGAGCAGACGAUUCCUCUCUCCACAGCUUUUAAAAAGACAUGCUAUAAAUGUGGGAAUCUGGGCCAUAAAGCAAACGAAUGCACAUCCACGGUUAGACUCUGUUACAAUUGCAAGCAACCGGGCCAUAAAUCGUCAGAGUGCACCACAGAACACACCGCCGACGUCAAACAGUGCUAUUACUGCGAAGAAAUUGGCCAUCUUCAGAAGGACUGUCCAACAUUGAAGGAGAAAGCCAGACAGAGAGCACAUGCCCGACAUCCUCUCAUAGCGAGAAGAGCCGAGUCGUACGAUCAAAUCAACACACAGAACUUAAUGUACUAUUCACAGCUCCGUCGAGAGCACGAGAGAGCAAUGUUGCAACAACAGCAGCAUAACCAGCAGUUUUACCAUCCUCAGCAACUGCGUCAUUCGCAUCCACACUUUGUCCAGACAAUGCCAUCGGCGUAUACACAACAGCAUAUGUAUUUCGUACAUCCGCAUGGUCCCCAGCCAUUGGUCCAUCCAAUAGCGUGGACACCAGAAAUGUACAUACCUCCAGUACAUGCAUUCCCUCAACAGGGCUCAUCGACACCAGAACUUCCCGGUAAGCCAAAGACUACCGACACGAAUAAGUAA